AUGCUGAUUCUGCCCAAGCUGCGCCUGCCCUUCGACAGCAUGGAGGAUCUCGUGCAGACCAACAUCCCGACGUACGUGUCUGAUGGCACGAUGCUACACCAGGCGAUGAUGGAGGCACCGCCCGACUCGCUCCUGGGUCGCCUCCGAGCGCAGUCCGUGUCCUACCUCGACAUCCCGCGGGCCAUCCGGGAGCUGAUGGAAGGCCACCACGCAUCCUUUACUGGCCGGGUUGUCAGCCAGUCCGUCAUCCAUAUGAUAUUCGAACAGACCAAGAGCUGUCCAUUGUACACUGCCAAAGAGACGUUCUGGGGCGGCACGAGCGUGGCCUUUGCUUACCGAAGAGGCUUUCCACUCAGAUCGAAGAUUGACAAGGUGCUCCGGCGUCUGACGGAGUUCGGCAUCCCGGAGCACCUCUACCGGGAGCAGAUCAAGAACGUCCGCAAGUGCCAGAUGGACGACUUCACGCGGCCCAGCGACGCCCUCCGCCCCCUGGAUCUAGGGGACUUCUACGGCGUCUUCAGCGUAUAUGCUGGAGGCAUCAUACUCUCGCUCCUCGUGUUCCUAACGGAGAACUUCUUGGGAAGGAGAGCACGGAGGACGCGUCCGUGACUCCGGCGGAGAUCACUCGCAGCCUCAUCAUCCGCCGCGGCUCCAGGACGGGUGACGCGAGAUGAGGCAAGGCGCAGCCGCCGGGGGAAGAGACGUUCAGCAUCAGGCCAGAUUAUGCUCCUCGGGCGGGAACACCUACGGGGAUACUGGUGUAUAGGACCCUAAAGCAUUGUGGGAUAAGGUCACAUCACUUACAUAUUAACUGUAUCUUUGAUUUUUUUUUUUCUUUUUUAUAUGUUCGAUCAAAAAAGAACUUGAUUUUACUCGAAAUGCCUUGGAUAACCUGUUAUUUUUCCCUUCGUGGCUGUUUCAUUUCAUCGUAAUCUAGUUCUGGCCUGUUCUUGGACCAAAAGAUCACGUGUCUUGAAACUAAAACAUUGGGCGGCAAGGAAAAGAAUGCAAAAUAUUAUAUAUUAAUUCACGUAAAGUACAGUAUAAUCUUGCACAUUACACAAAAUAUGAUGUUAGUUGCGCGUGUGGAGGGUGCGGCUCGAAAGCGACGAAUCGGCUCCAAAGCCUUUCAGCGAACGUUUAGUCCUCCCGCGUUCUGGUCAU